AUGGAAGGUCAGCGUAAUGACCGACACGGCUGGCACGACAGUCGCAGCUUGCCCACCGUCAGGGCCAUACUCGCACUGCAGAUGACCGAUGCCUCGUGGCUGACCGACGAGUUGGACCUCAGGCCACAGCUCAGCAGCAAACAGAUGCACAUCGAGAUCCUGCGCGACCUGCUGAAUAGCCGGAAAUAUUCUGCUGGGCAUUUGGCGUUCAUCAUCAACGCGCUCGUCUUUUCCUGCCACGAUCCACGCGACUUCUACGGUGUCGACUUUAUAGAGGAAUUAACAGCAUGGCUUCCUCAGUAUCCGAGCUCUGGCUUCAGUAAUAGAUUUCAGUACGGACUCGUGACACUGGCGAUGUGCAAUGGUGAGGAGCCACUGAGCACAGAGAACGUCACUUUCUUGAUCGACAGACCCACAGCUCCGACUUUCGGCGUUGACGAGGCUGCCAUGAUCCUGAUGGCACUUUCAUGCGUGAAGGAGAGACAACCGGAUGUGGUGACUGGCAUAGAAGACUUCGAUGCCAAUUUCUCCCAGAUCGUAGAUUACAUUAGCAGUCGACAGAACGCUAGUACGGGACAGUUUGGCAACGAGCACACAACUGCCCUUGCGAUGCAGGCUCUGACAGCGGCAGAUUCCGACGAGUGGAACUGCGCUGCAGCGCUCGACUGGCUGCUCUCCGUGCGAGCGUCGGACGGAUCUUUCGGUCAGUUCGGCACACCACUCUUCACCAGCACCGAAGUGCUGCCAGCGCUCAACGGCAAAACCUACACAAAGCGUCACGCGUGUCCGAACGCCAUCGACAAGUCGUCAACCGAGAAGCCCGAAGUGCAACACAUAACAGUGAAGCUAUCGGUAGUGAACGCCAUCACAGGUGAUCGCAUGUUUGCGGCCAAAUUCUACGUGCCUGUCAACAGCACUGUCAUUGAGAUCAUAAGGAUUGCGGACGGCAGGGGCCCGAGAAAUGGCUCCACUGAAGUGUUUACCUACGAGUUAAAGGAAUAUAGUUUUGGAAAUGCAGUUCAGGGUCUACUAGGCCUACGCCAAGACAUCAUCCUCAACCGUUACUGGUCACUCUUGAUACGUGCCCCGGGACAGGAUUUCACUUCCGCACCCGUUGGUAUCGAAUCUCUGAUUCCUAAGGAUGGUGAAGAGGUGCAGUUCAGAUAUACCCAAUACUAA